CAUCAUUUCAUCACUUCAUUCAUCCCCUCUCCAAAGCAAAAGAGAAUUCCAAGACUUUCUUACUUUUUUUACAUCUAUCUGAAAGCAUACUUCUCGCUAUGCAUUUCUCCUUUAUCCGUCUCCUCGUUCUUCUAUUCUCGGUCUCUGUUAUCCAUGCCUAUCAGAACGGUCUCAACGAACGCGCAGACGGCGCAGUCAUAUCCGAAUCCGAUCAUCAGGACCUUCAGGCUCGCAAUCCCGCUGGCAGCGCUACAGACAUAAGCAAGUUCGGCAAACCAGGCCGGCUGUGUCCUGGAGAGAAGCCUACUGGAAAAGACAAACUCGGCUUCGCAUGUGUCUUGACGAAGGACAAGAAAGGAAAGGGGAGCUCAUGCAAAGCACCGAAAUGUAUGACCGGGGAGUUCAAAGUCCUGGCUGAUAAAGCUAAGGCACAGAUGCCGAAGCCAAAGAAGGGCAGCAGAGACAUUCGCCAGAGCAGAGUCACGCGUAAUGUUCUGGAGCAGAGGGCAAUGUGUGAGAAUGCUCAGUGCGACGAUGAUGAUGACUGCGCGUUUUACCCUGGAGGCUGCAAUGUGUGCCUUGGCUGGUGCGCAAUUAUCAGAAACGGCUAAGAUGAUCUUUAUGGGAAAUGUUGGACAUGUUUUGAGGUUACAGGUCAUUUGUUUGGAAGUCAUUUGUUAGAAGGUCAUUUGCUAGGAGG